AUGAGGAAGUCUGCUACGACAAAGAAAGUAGCUUCAUCGGGUAGCCCAUGGUACGGUCCAGACCGUGUGAAGUACUUAGGGCCAUUCUCUGGUGAGCCCCCGUCGUACUUGACUGGUGAGCCCCCGUCGUACACUGCUGGGAUUUCUGCUGACCCAGAGACAUUUGCGAAAAACCGUGAACUGGAGGUAAUCCACAGCAGGUGGGCUAUGUUGGGAGCAUUGGGAUGUGUGUUCCCAGAGCUUUUGUCCCGAAAUGGUGUUAAAUUCGGUGAAGCUGUAUGGUUCAUAAAAAUUAUUGUCCAUGAUCAAAAUAAGUGA